GCAAAAACAUGGCUGCUAGGCGAGCAGAAGGUGGUCCACAAUUUCUGGCGAUCGAAUGCUGGCGAACACCGACAUUUCUGGUUUGCGUGCUGCCCGAAACGGUCCUGCACGUGUCAGGCUUUCAAAGUAUCAUGUCGAAUGUAUCGAUGGGAAGCUCGCUCGGGUUCCCUAAAAAAUAUAAUGCCAUCCGCAGCGAGGGGUGCUGUCGCCGGCAUUACCAGCGCUCGCAACCUGCAAGUGGGCUUUGAUGGCGACACAUCGUGGUACUUGGCGAGCUCCGACUGGACUGGAACCUGGUGGGAGGACAUCAGUCGCGUCGUGUCCUCAUCGGCACCCUGGCUGGCGCCGCCACUUCGUGCCGCUCCCGCCAACACUUCGACCUGGCUGCUGCGUGCCUCCGUCGAUGUCACAAACUCAUCCAUCCGGAUCCAAGUCUUCACUACCAACACCUUGCACCUGCUCGCUGGCCUUGCGGCAGACCUGGAAGUGCCAAGCCUUGGCGUUUCCAUCCCCCCUGUCAACAUAUCUGCACCGUCACCGGCUACCUCCUCUGUCAGCAUUGAGAGCGACCGUGCCACUGGCAGGCUUGUGUCGCUUUCCAUUGGUCUUGUUGGCUCUGGUGUGACGCUGGGAUCCGUGUUGACUUGGCUGGGGCUGUCACUGCCAGUUCAGGCCAGCACCUGCACCAUCUCCGAUCCUGUCAUCGUGAUAACUGCACCUCAAGGUAAUGCGCCCGCGACACUGCAAAUUGCCCUGGCCGCAACAAUCCUGCCUAUUAGCAGCACAGCCGUCUCUGCGGCACUACUUGUGGAGGGGCCCGCUGCCACGAUGUCCAUGAAGGUGACUACUGCGGUCCCGCUCUUCAAUAGCGCAUGCACUGGAACUAGCGCCAUCAUAGUUUUCCGACCAGAUGGCCUGAGCUUUGAUGCCAGCCUGCGCCUCAGCUGCCCCGCCGUGCCCAGCCUCACUGACGUGGCGGCGUCUCUGUCCUACGCCAACGGCGCUGCGUCCCUCGAUGUGACCGGCAGCCUCAGCUUCCUGGACGGCGCGGUGGCCGUCUCGCAGCUCAGCCUGUCCAGCACCUCGGCCGCCGCUUACGUGGCAGGCUCGUGCACGGGCUCUGUAGCAGGCGCCACUGGCAGCUUGCAGUUCAACCUGACCAAGCCCACUGCCUCGGUACCGUUUCCCAAGACGUCUCUGGCGCUCACCAUCCCGAACAUCAACUUUGGCACGCUGGCGUCCAGCCUGUGGGCUACUGCCGCGGGCCAGUCGCUUCCAUCCGUGCUGAUGAGCCUGACGCUGCCUUCGGUGACCAUCCAGACACCAGACCUCUCACUAAGGGCCUACACAUUCUCGGCGUCUGUUCCCGCGGGCGCGGUGGACAUUGCCUUUGACCGCCAGGGUGUCUUGGCGGCGGUCCUUGCAAUGAAGGACAUGACGGUUCCGAGUCUGCUGAGCAGCAUUGGCGCGACGUACCCGCUUCCCUCCCCCGGCAGCAUGUUCAGCAUCAAUCCGAUCUCCAGCUUCCGCAUGACGUCUUCGCGUUCUAACGACACCUUCCUGAGGGCGCUGCGUGGCUACAACGCCACCAUCUCGGCGGGCACGACCUUCAACUUUGGUCUGGUCCUACCCACGCUCUCUCCGGGCGUCACUUACCAGACCAACCUGGCGGCGCGUACCGCCACGGGCGGCUUCCCUGCCAAGUUCACACUUCAGUUGACAAGUGCCAUCUCGAUGUUCAGCAACCUCAUCACGCUAUCCAACGUGAACUUCGAGCCGGUGUCAGGAGUGGGCAUCCGCAGCUCCUGCACCGCUAAUCUGCUGGGCGUCACCCUGAGCGGCAACCUCAGCUUUGCGCUGAGCGGCGGGCGCCCCACUCUGGCCGCGCGCGUGCUGAAUGUCAACUUGACCACGCUUGUGUCCAACGCCCGCAUGGUUGGGCCCCUGCCUCCGGCCAUGGCGUCGCGCCUUUCGUCUCUGACGUUUCCAUCGUUCAGCCUGGACUCGUAUGGCCCUGACGGCAAGUCGUACUUUGCGACGGCUGCCGGCCCUGCGGGUGGCCCGAGCUCGCUGCUGUCGCUAGCGGUGGACAGCUACGGCAUGCGCUACUUCAAGCUGGACAUGGGCACCACGUGCGUCAACCUGGGCAGCGCGCUGCAGAGCCUGGGCGUGACCAUGGCUGUGCCGGCAACCUCAUUCACGCUGUGCAACCUGGUGGUCACGCGUGUGCCCGCCGUCUCGGGUGUGGCGAACGUCACGCUGCCUGACAACACUACCUUGCUACCAUCACUUGCGGCGAGCUUCAUGAUCUCCAUCCCUGAGCUUGGAUUCAGCAGCGUCAGUGCGAGGAUUUCAACCAGCCAGGCGGCCCCGUCUGCGGUGCAGAUCCAGCUCACGGGCGCCUUGAGCCUGUUCGGCGGCGCCUGCACCGCCACCAGCUUUGUGCUGCAGGUCAGCGCGUCCGCGGCUAGCUAUGCCGCCAGCCUGCGCCUCAGCUGCCCCGCCGUGCCCAGCCUCACUGACGUGGCGGCGUCUCUGUCCUACGCCAACGGCACUAUGUCCCUCGAUGUGACCGGCAGCCUCAGCUUCCUGGACGGCGCGGUGGCCGUCUCGCAGCUCAGCCUGUCCAGCACCUCGGCCGCCGCUUACGUGGCGGGCUCGUGCACGGGCUCUGUAGCAGGCGCCACUGGCAGCUUGCAGUUCAACCUGACCAAGCCCACCGCCUCGGUGCCGGUUCCCAAGACGUCUCUGGCGCUGACCAUCCCGAACAUCAACUUUGGCACGCUGGCGUCCAGCCUGUGGGCUACUGCCGCGGGCCAGUCGCUUCCAUCCGUGCUGACGAGCCUGACGCUGCCUUCGGUGACCAUCCAGACACCGGAUAUCUCUCUUGGUGCCUACACCUUCUCAGCACUCGUGCUUUCGGGCGCGGUGGACAUUGCCUUUGACCGCCAGGGUGUGCUGGCAGCGGUAAUUGCCAUGGACGGCAUGUCGGUGCCGAGCUUGCUGAGCAGCAUUGGCGCGACGUACGCCCUGCCCUCCACGGACAGUAUGUUCACCACCGACGGCAGCCCGAGUUUCCGCAUGACGUCUUCUCGCUCGACCGAUGCACUGCUGACAGCACUGCGUGGCUACAGCGCCGCCAUUUCGCCGGGCACAAUCUUCAACUUUGGUCUGGUCUUUCCAACGCUGAGCCCUGGAACGGCGUACCUGACCAACGUGGUUGCGCGCACCGCAGCUGGAGGGUUUCCCGACAAGUUCACACUUCAGAUCAGUAGCCCCAUCUCGAUAUUUGGUGACCUCAUUACGCUAUCCGACAUGAACUUUGAGGCGGUGUCAGGAGUGGGCAUCCGCAGCUCCUGCACCGCUAACCUGCUGGGCGUCACCCUGAGCGGCAACCUCAGCUUUGCGCUGAGCGGCGGGCGCCCCACUCUGGCCGCGCGGGUGCUGGAUGUCAACUUGACCACGCUUGUGUCCAACGCCCGCAUGGUUGGGCCCCUGCCUCCAGCCAUGGCGUCGCGCCUUUCGUCUCUGACGUUUCCAUCGUUCAGCCUGGACUCGUAUGGCCCUGACGGCAAGUCGUACUUUGCGACGGCUGCCGGCCCUGCGGGUGGCCCAAGCUCGCUGCUGUCGCUAGCGGUGGACAGCUACGGCAUGCGCUACUUCAAGCUGGACAUGGGCACCACGUGCGUCAACCUGGGCAGCGCGCUGCAGAGCCUGGGCGUGACCAUGGCUGUGCCGGCAACCUCGUUCACGCUGUGCAACCUGGUGGUCACGCGUGUGCCCGCCGUCACGGGCGUGCCUGAUGUCGUGCUGCCUGACGCCACUACCAUGGCGCCAUCAUUUGCGGCCAGCUUCAUCAUCUCCAUCCCCGAGCUGGGGUUCAACAAUGUUGCAGCGAGGAUUGCAACGAGCCAGUCCACUCCGUCCACCGUGCAGAUUCAAGCGUAGAGGGUGUCGAUCGAGGGGAGAGGAUGUGUGCGGGGAGGCAUAGCCAUGUCCGGACAUGUCGUUUUGCGCACGCGGCGAACAAGAAGAAGAGCGUGCAGUGCUUUGCAAGUUCGUUCAUGUAAAUGUACGCUACUCGAAUGUCGGCCCGGAAUACUUGAGGCGUAAAUAUACGCCGGUUACAGCCAAUUGUACGUUUCCCUGGCAAUGGAUAUGCAGCUGUAUUCCAGAGCGCUCUCUACAGCAGUUCUUAUUAUGAAGCAGCAAUAGAUAUCGCAGCGCGCCCCCUGCCACAAAGGCAAGACAUGUAUUCGUCUCCAUGAAUGAAUGAAUUGCUCCGCUCGCAGCUGCGUAUAGCCUCGAAAGCGUACGCUAUGAGCUAUGUCUAUUAUUGCAGUGCCAGCGAAUGUAGAGGCUGGAGUAACUGUGGUCGCCGCGAGCGCUCCCAAGCAUGCUCGGAGCCGGUUAUUCCGGCUCCACCCUGCCCCGCUGGCUGUUUGGGCGCGCAGGACCAGGAAAACUAUUGCUUUUAAGAUACAUUUAAGUUGCAGUCAGUCACUGAUGCGUUCAGGAUGCACAAGGACGGCAACAGUGGGUACUGCUUGCCCCGAGCAUGCUCGGAGCCGGUUAUUCCGGCUCCG